AUGAAGACGCAAAAUGGCCAAGGUGUGAUUUUACACAGCAUCCGCACCAAAGCCGUGGAGUUUCAUACGAAGUACCCGGUUACUCGGGAGAAGUCUGCCGCAUCCGUCGCCUCGGUUCAUCUCGGGUUUCGGGAGGACUUCAUCAAGUCUAAGGAGUCGGAGGUUGAGGAAAUCCUGGCGGCGUCCUCCUCGCAUUUCACCACUCUGCCUACUAAGCUCGAAGACUACAUCAAGGGCUUGACUGCGGAUCCGGAACUAACCAUAUCUGAUGCGGCUAGGGAAAGGUACCGGAAGACCGAAGGGAUCUGCAUCGAGAAAGCCAAGUCGGAGAUUGCUGUCGCCAAAGAUAAUUUUAUCAUCAAGGAGCUGGAGAGGCAGAGAAUCAAGGACGCUGAAGAAUUGAAGAAAGCAGCCGCUGCCGAAGAGAUGGAGCACCUGGAAACAGACUUGGCGAUCAACGAGCUUGUUCGAAAAGCUGCCAAGAAGCACGCGGAGGCGAUGUGCAAGGAGGAUUUCAAGCCGGCCCCUGCAGCAGCAAAGCCCAAGGCGGACCCGUCCAAGGAUCGCCAGAUGAACACUGGUGCCAAGGCACAUGCGCAGUCACGCAUUCUGGACCGGGGAGUACACAAUCUGAGCGCUAAGGUCUUAUCUCGCGACAAGACUAAGGCGCUUGGGACGGGACUGAAGUUUAUACCAACAUCAGCCUGGAAGUUUUCCAUCGAAGCAAAUUUGCAUCAGCUGCAUCGACGGAUCUCCCUCGACUUUUUCUUCAAGGGAAAAGGACCAUCAGCUUCAUCACAUUUCCGGGUGAAGAAUCCGAAUUGGUGGCCCGAUCGGGCCGAGGUCCCGGAGCAAGUCUUCAAGGAGGCGCGAGCCGACCUUUCUUUCCUGGUGAAGACGUGUAAGCCGCUGCGGGGACAGAACCUCUCACGGGGUGUGCGCGCGGCUAUACGUUCCCUAUCGCUCGACAGCAGCAUAGUCAUCAAGGCAGCUGACAAGCAUGUGGGAGUGACGGUGAUGGAUCGAGCACACUACGUCGCGAUGUGUAUGGAGCAUUUGAGCGACGCGGAUGUCUACAGACCGGUUCGUCACGACCCAACUCCUCGUGUUCUGCAACAGCUGAGCAAGCUGAAGACGACAUGGGGGCCUGCUUUCCCGAACAGUAUCUGGAAAUUCUUCUUUGACAAACCGCCAGGAGGGUGGCGUCUAGCGGCUUAUUACAUCCUACCCAAACUCCAUAAGAAGACACCAGUGGGGCGCCCGAUUGCAGCUUUACACUCAUGGGUGACAACUAACGCGAGUCGGUGGCUGGAUGCGCAACUUCGACCGCUAGUUCUAAAACGUGCUACCUAUCUGCGCAAUUCUCUCGCAUUGCUAGCGAAGCUGGAGACAACGGCCUUCCCGCCUAACAUCCUCUUAGCUACUUACGACGUCACCUCGCUCUACCCCAGCAUAUCCAUUGAUCGAGGACUCGAAGUAGUUAGCCGUUUCUUGCCGAGGGAAAAUCCCGCAGCUCGCUCAACCGCUCAUGGCCCUUCUGGGUUGGGUCAUGAGAAAUUCUUUCGUGGAAUUUGA